CCCAUUCCUCUCGCCUAAUAUCUGCCCACCCGCCGUGGGUGUCCAGCCGCAGCGCACCAUCGCACUCCGCAGCCGAACGGGAUGGCUCUCCCCGCCGUCGUGUGGCUAGCCUCGGCAGCCAUCCUCUCCUUAGUCACCUUCCUCGCGCUGCGCCCGGCGCAGAGGGCCGCCGUGCUCGGGCGCCUCGGCCUCGGGGGGGCGGCGCGCGCGGCGGCCCGCCGCCCGAGCACGCCCUCCCUCGAGAAGCAGCCGCCGCCGUCGAAGCCGCUCGCGUCGUCGUCGUCGGACCUCGCGGCGACGUUCCCGCCGCGGCAGCGCGCGGAGCUGCAGCAGCUGGCGGCGGCGCUGCCGGAGGCGCAGCGGCGCGCGCUCGGCGACGUGGCCGCCUUCGACGAGGCCGCCUUCGCGCGCGCGCUCCUCGGCCUCGCCGAGGACUACCGCGCCCCCGCCGCCGCCGCCAAGUACAGCUGCAGCGGGCUCGCCGUGCGCGAGAUCCGCGCCCUCGGCGACUUCCCCGACUACGCCGCCCUCUCCGGCGUGCCCCCGCCGGCCCCGUACCCCGAGUUCGACAUCGACCGCGCGCUGCCCCGCCCGUACCGCCCGUUCCGCUGGCCCUACCACCAGACCAUGUCCCUGACCAAGCUCGAGCCCGACUGGUGGCUGGAGCUCGAGUCGACGUACCGGACACGCAUCGCGCAGCGCAAGGCGCUGUACGCGGAGCACGGGAGCUCGGUGCUAGGGGCGCUGCCGGGGUCGGAGCUGGCGUGCAAGGAGCUGAUGGAGAUGGCGCUGCAGUUCCUGUGCGCGCGGUACCCGCACUACUUCUCGCUGUCGGCCGACGCGCGCGGCCGCACCGUCUUCGAGAAUCGGAUCCUCGACGUCCGGACGGUGGUGAGCCGCGGCAGCGCCGCCGAGGCGGAGGAGGAGGAGGAUGGAGACGUCGUGGACCCCUUGCUCGUCCUCCUCGAGCACGUCCCCGAGGACUUCGGCAUCGUCCUGCGCGACCCCGACUCCGGCUACUAUUACCUCCGCGCCGGCGUCAUCUGCUCCGCCCUCGGCUGGAACGUCGGCACCAAGAUCGGCCUCCGCCUCGACCAGAUCCACGAGCCCAUCCCCGACUACAAGGAGAAGAUGCAGUUCAGCAUGGACCGCUACUUCUCCAAGAUGCCCACAUCGAAGCCGAUCCAGCGCGGGUCGUGGGGCCUCGAGGUGGACCAGCCGCUGUACAUGCCGCCGGGGGACCCGCACGAGGCGCUGCGGGGAUCGCAGGACCCGGGGCUGGGGCUGGAGCGCGUGCACCUGCGGGUCGACUGGCAGACGCUGCGGCGGCUGCCGCUCUCGGGGGCCGUCGUCUUCAACUUCAAGGCGCUCUUCACGCCGCUCGCCGAGCUCCGCGACGAGCCCUACGUCCCCGCCCUCGUCCUCCGCGUCCUCGCCGCCGGCAACCCCCGCAUUAUGCGCUACAAGAACACCUGGCACGUCGAGCACGUCGCCGUCCCCGCCCUCCGCCAGUUCGCCCGCGAGCAGCGCGACCGCGGCCUCGUCGCCACCGCCACCGCCGCCGCCGCCGACGGCGCCCCGUCCGAGGACCCCGACGCGGAGGAGGAAGGCGAGGGCGCCUGGUCCCCCAGGACCCUCGACGAGAGCCCCUGGUUCCCCGGCUGGCAGGAGAAGUGGCAUCGGCAGCAGGGGUUCUAGCUGAACGAACGAGUGGCGAGAGACGGGAAGGCCUAUAUAAAGAUGGAGUGGGGGAAGAAAAAAGAAAGGAAAAGGGGAUCGUGGACAUAUCACAGCGAGUGACUUGCCGUCAACUAUCACGUUUUAUAUACCCGGGACCGAGAAGCUUGCGCGGGGGUAGUGAGUCUCCAAGGCCAUGUAUAUAUGCAUUUUGUUUUUCUAAACGCACACCCUCCUACAUACACACAUAUAUAUACAGUCGAGUGUAUCCCGUUUUGUACGCCGGACGUAUACGCACUGCCCAUGUGGAUAUAUACGUGCCUACGCCAUCUUCUGUCUGACCGAUCUGAUCUGCCGCGACGAGGCGCGAGUCACGGCCCAAGCGAUAGGAUAAACGCCACGCACCGUCGAUGAAGCAAGAACGCCUUGCGAGAAGUUGAAUUCGAGCGCACGGCAAUAAUUCGUCAAGGUGUUCGCCUCGCCCCUUUUUUUCUCUUUUCCUUUCCCCCCCGGGCCCGAAAAUUUCAUUGCGAGUAUGGUAUAGGUCCAAAAUCCGGAUCAGGGAGGGGAACCUUUUCCCAAA